AUGUCUGGCGAUCUUUGCCCCGCCUACGCGCCCUUCUUUGGUGCCAUGGGCUGCACGGCUGCUAUUGUCUUCACAUGCCUGGGUGCUUCCUACGGCACAGCGAAGUCUGGUGUCGGUAUCUCUGCCAUGGGUGUUCUUCGGCCUGACCUGAUCGUCAAGAACAUUGUCCCCGUUAUUAUGGCCGGUAUCAUCGGUAUCUACGGCCUGGUCGUUUCCGUCCUGAUCUCCGACAACUUGAAGCAGCACGAGUAUGCCCUGUACACGGGUUUCAUCCAGCUUGGUGCUGGUCUGGCCGUCGGUCUGGCCGGUCUGGCUGCCGGCUUUGCCAUUGGCAUUGUCGGUGAUGCUGGUGUUCGCGGUACUGCCCAACAGCCGAGACUGUUUGUCGGCAUGAUCCUGAUUCUCAUUUUUGCCGAAGUCCUGGGUCUUUACGGACUGAUUGUCGCUCUUCUGAUGAACUCAAAGGCCACCAUCAACGUCAGCUGCUAA